AUGUCGGCACCCGCUGACAACGAAAAGUCUGCGGGCUUUGAGCCCAAGACAACGGCCGCUGCUCCCACCGAGUCGGCCGUGCUGCAGCAGGUGACCGAGUCCAACAACAAGGCCGACGCCUCCUCCCUCUCCAAUGGCUCGCGGCGGGACUCGGCCCAGGGGUCCCCGUCCGACUCGGACAGCGGCCCCAAGGAGAUCGGCGUCAGCAGGGUCGAGGCCUUCAACAAGGUACUCUACAAGUCGGGCAAGAAGGGCAAGAUCUUGCUCUGGCUGCUCGCCGCCUCGAUCGGCCUGACCAUGUUUGCCUACGCUCUCGACAUGGGCAUCACUACCACCAUCUUUGGCGCCCUGGCCGCCUCGACCUUCAAGGUGCACAGCGAGCUGGCCACCGUCAACACGGCUGCCCAGAUCAUCCGCGCCAUCAGCAAGCCCUUUAUCGGCAAGAUGGCCGACAUCACCUCCCGCCCGACCACGUACGUUGUGAUCCUGGCCUUUUAUGCCGUAGGGUUUGCCGUCGCGGCCAGUGCCAGCACCUUCGCGUCGUACACCGUCGGCAUCUGCUUCACCUCGGUCGGCAAGUCGGGCCUCGACCUGCUCAGCGACAUCAUUGUCGCCGAUCUGACUCCGCUGGAAUGGCGUGGCUUCUUCAGCGCCUGUCUUUCCUUGCCCUUUAUUGUCACGGUGCCCAUCAAUGGUUUCAUCGCCGAUGGUUUCUACGACGACUGGCGAUGGGGCCUGGGUAUGUUUGCCAUCCUCGUGCCCGCCCUCCUCAUCCCGGCCAUCAUGACCCUCUACGCCAUGCAGCGGCGCGGCGAGAAGGCGGGCAUGGUCACCAUUGCUGACUCCAAGGACGUCCGCACUGGCGUCUCCGAGGCUACUGGCAAGGGCCUCGGAUACUGGGCCAAGCUGGCAUAUAAGGGCCUCAUUGAUAUCGACAUCAUCGGCCUCAUUAUUCUCGGGUUCGCCUUCUCUCUGAUCCUUUUGCCUAUCACCCUGGCCAAGAGCGCCAAUGGCGGGUGGAACAAUCCCAGCAUGGUCGCCAUGAUCGUCGUCGGCUUCGUUGCUCUCAUCAUCUUCGUGCUCUUCGAGAUCUACGUCGCGCCUAAGCCCAUGAUGACGCGGCGCAUCCUCAACAACCGCGCCUUUAUUGCCGGCGUCAUCAUCCACACCUUCAACCAGAUGGCCUCGUCGGUGCGCAACACCUACUUCUCAUCCUACGUCCUUAUUAUCAAGCAGUGGACGACCUACCAGUGGACCAUCUUCCUUGGCAUCACCACCAUGGGCCUCUGUAUCGUGGGCCCCAUCGUGGGGCUGGUUCACCGCGCCACCCAUCGCUACAAGAGCGUCAUGAUCUUUGGUGCCGGAGCCAAGGUCCUCGGGUACGGCAUCCUCAUCCAGCCUAGUGGUGACAUGACGCAGGACACGGCCCGCCUCGUCGCCGCGCAGCUCAUCUUCUGCCUCUCAUCGCUCAACGUCGUUGGCGCGCGCGUAGGCGUGCAGGCCUCGGUUUCGCACGAUGACAUCGCCUCGCUCAUCUCCAUCAUCACUCUGUGGUCGACACUUGGCUCGAGUGUCGGCAGCGCCGUUGCGUCUGCCAUCUGGACCAACCAGAUGCUUGACGAGAUGCGCCGGCAGAUGCCGACUGUGCCCGAGGCCACCCUCAAAAAGAUCUACGGCAGCAUCAAAGUGCUGCGCAACUACAAAUGGGAGGACCCCAUCCGCCAGGGGUCCAUCCGCGCUUAUGCUAUUGUCAACGGGCACAUCACCACCGCCUCGAUCUGCCUUGCCUGUGUGACUCUGUUCGCCUCGCUGUUCAUGCCGGACUACUACCUGGGCAAGCAGCAGAACGCGGUCAACAACAAGGGCCUGGACGGCGAGCUCGUCGAGGUCCCGGAUCAGCGCAAAGAUGGUGCGGUGGUUGCUGAGUCUGAGAACAGAACAGUGUGGCAGAAGCUGGUUGCUCUGUACCGCAAGUAG